AUGUCCGUUAUCAAUUGGAAAAACGAAGGAUGCAUGUGUAAAGUUGGAUACCAGAAUAUCACCACUUUGAGCAAAAAUCAAGCGGGCAACAUGGGUAACAAGAAGGCCAGAGGCAGAGGCUCACUUUCGGAAGCCAUUACCGUAUCGUUGGGACUCAAUUCCCAAACUUCCAGCGACAGUGAUUACGCGGCUUAUUCUCGGGCUAAUCCACUGAGCCAAAGCAUGGCUAACUCGUCCCACCAAUACUAUGGUCGUUCAUUCGUGGGAACUUUGUCUCCAACAUCGCACUUCCUCAAAGAUCGUCUUCCUAGCAACGAAAUGUCGAAAGCGGAGCUGCAAUCCAUACACAAGUCUGCUAAUUUGCAUCGACAAACAGCAGCGCUGUCUAAUGAUUUCGACGCUUCUUUUGAGUUUGACAAUCAACUAGAUCCAUCGCGGGACUCGGAAGACUUUUCAAAGGGUCACGAAGACCCUUUAUCCGGCGAGGCGGUAGUGUCGCCUGUCAACAGUCAGCCAGACACGGCUAUGCCAAGCGAGGGCCCCCAACCCUCUGAACUUUUGAUCUCUCUACAAUCAGGACGAGAUGUGGAGUAUGGCGCGAUUGACGGAUCUGACGGUCAAUAUGUAUCGCUUCGCUCUCCUGGGGACUCGACUUUCCCAGUCCCUUCGAUUGACCCCAACGCUCCCACGCUUGACAAAAUUACUUUCACACUACAAAGAAUGGCCAGAUAUGUCCCAGCAGUCAUUUUGGGACUUUUACUGAACAUUUUAGAUGCUUUGUCUUACGGUAUGAUCAUCUUCCCUAUCACCGAGCCCUUGUUCGCACACAUGGGCCCCUCUGGUAUGUCAAUGUUUUACAUUUCCUGCAUCGUUUCCCAAGUUAUAUAUUCAGGUGGCUUUUCGGCAUUUGGAAACUCCAUUGGCAGUGAGAUGAUUGAAAUUACUCCGUUUUACCAUGCCAUGGCUGCUUCAAUUACAAGUGGUCUAUCAGAUCAAAAGGAUCAAGUUCUUUCGACUACAAUUGUGUGCUAUGCUCUGAGUUCUAUAAUGACUGGACUGUUGUUCUUCGUUCUCGGUAAAUUGCGCCUAGGUAAAAUAGUCGGCUUCUUUCCAAGACAUAUUCUUAUUGGCUGCAUAGGUGGUGUGGGUUACUUCCUUGUUGCCACAGGAUUCGAAGUAACAACGAGAAGUGCUAAGACUGAAGGUGCUUUGGAAUUCUUGGAAGCCCUUUUCAAAGAUUUCGCGACAUUUGGCAAAUGGUUUCUUCCGCUUGCAAUGGCUGCUUUACUGGUGAUUGUUCAACACAUUUUUGAGAACUCAUUGGUAUUGCCAUCGUUCUACAUCGCAGCUAUGGUUUUGUUCCAUUUCGUCGUUGCGUUGGUCCCAAACCUAUCUUUAGAUAUGUUGAGAGAGAGCGGCUGGAUUUUUUCUUCUGCAGAGUCCACAGAACAGUGGUACGGGUUUUACAAACUCUACAAUUUCAGACUAGUUAAGUGGUCGUUGAUUUUCAAACAGAUACCGACUAUGUUGGCUUUAACAUUUUUCGGAAUUUUGCACGUUCCCAUUAAUGUUCCCGCUCUUGCGAUGUCUGUUGGUAUGGAUAAGAUUAACGUUGACAAGGAAUUGAUUGCUCACGGUUAUUCCAAUUUCUUUUCUGGAUUGAUCGGCUCUGUACAAAAUUAUUUGGUGUACACAAACAGUGUCCUUUUCAUCAGAGCAGGCGCAGACAGCUCACUUGCAGGGUUGAUGUUGGCGGCAGCGACGUUCGGCGUCAUGAUGGCCGGCCCUGUGAUCAUCUCAUAUAUUCCCAUCUGCAUCGUGGGCUCUUUGAUUUUUCUUUUAGGUUAUGAGUUGAUCAAGGAGGCAUUAUACGACACAUGGUCGAAGCUGACUAGAUUCGAGUACGCUACGGUCGUCGUGAUUAUUUUGACCAUGGGAAUGUUCGAUUUCGUGUUGGGAAUCAUUGUAGGAAUCCUCAUCGCAUGUUUCUCCUUUUUGGUUGACAGCGCAAAACUGCAAACAGUCAAUGGCGAAUUUAAUGGACAGGUGGCGCGUAGUACAGUCCGUCGUGAUUUCAUUCAAACUCAAUUUCUAAACAAGAUAGGAGAGCAGAUUCACGUUUUGAAGCUACAAAACCUUCUAUUUUUCGGAACUAUUUUGUCUAUCGAAGAAAGGAUCGACAAGCUUUUAGAGAUAAGCGACAAUGAUGCCUCCAAACAGCGGAUCAAAUUCCUUAUCCUUGAUUUUAAAAAUAUCAAUGCGGACAAUAUCGAUUACUCCGCUGCGGAAGGUUUCAAUCGAAUUAAAAGAUUCACUUCUUCCAAACGAAUCAAUCUGAUCAUCUCUUCCAUCAAAACCACCGAUAGGAUCUAUCACGCGUUCAACAAAGUGGAACUACUCGAUGGCGUUGAGCUUUUCAGCGAUCUCAAUAGUGCGUUAGAAUGGUGUGAAAACAAGCUUUUGUUCCAAUUCAAAGAGCUGCGGUCGAAAUCGAAUGUGAAGGCGGAGAAAAGGCGCGACAGAGCUAUGAGUAAAGCCAUGUUACCGCUCAACACCCCGCGCAACACGCAAUUUGUCUCAGUAGCCCAAAAGCUAUUGACCGACGAACAGUCCAUGCCAACGUAUAAACACAGCUACCGCGAGAAACAACCUGUUCUUCUGUUCUUGUUUGCCUCGCUGCAAAAAUACCGUCCACAGAUCUUGUCGUCUAACACAAAGGUGAAAGAAGCAGAGGAGAAGUUGUGGUCUGGACUUGGCAGCUAUUUCGUGAAAAGAAGGCUUGCAGCACAGACACUUCUGCCGCACAAGGAUAAUCUAUUUGCUGUUCUUGAAAGCGGUAUGGUCAAAGUCACUUACAAUUUGCGCCAGGGCCAGCUAUACGAAAUCAUUUCUGGGAAAACCUGUUACGGCAGAAUCAGCGCUCAAAACUCGGGUGGAUACCCUGUGUCAUCUGUGGAGGUGACUAUGGAGACCGACUGUGUCAUAUGGGUGAUUGAUGAUGUGGGCCUUGCCAAACUCAGGAACGAAAACCUGAACCUCUACACCGAACUUCUGUUGGUCACUUUAUGCAUCAAUCAAGAUCGAUUGAAAGAGCUUCUGGGUUACUGUCUUGUCAGCAGCUAA